GAGCAGAGGGAAACCAGAACAAGGAACUCUUGGAGGAGCAAUCUGAGCAGACCUGAGGCAUCCAUCUUGGAAAACUGAUCUUAAAACUGGUCCUGAUUUUUACACCAGUCACUGUAAUGGAGGACAACAAGCCAUGGGCUCUGAUCUCGGAGGUGGGCAAACGCGGUUACCUCAACGAAGUCACUGACAUAAUGAAACAACACUUUCAGAUCAUCUGCCACGAAGACUUCAUGAAAGACCCCCUGCUGCACGGUCCUAAAAUCCAGGCCAUGUUUCAGUGGAACGCCUGUCCUGCGGCCACGCCUUCGCUGCUCAGCUCACUUCCCUCCCUGAAGGUGGUCGCCAACGGGGGAGUGGGCUUCGACCACCUGGAUGUGCCGUAUAUCAACGGCCUCGGGGUGAAGGUGACCAACACGCCCGGCGUGGUGAGCGACGCCACUGCGGAUAUGGCACUGGGUCUGCUUCUGGCGUCGGCGCGGAAGAUCGUUGAAGGCCACCAAAUCGCUGUGGACCCCAAGACCACCCAUAUACCACAAACACUGAUGGGAGUUGAAGUCUCAGGGUCGACGAUGGGGAUUAUUGGAAUGGGACACGUUGGCAGCAAAAUCGCUCAAAGAGGCAAAGGCUUUGACAUGAAGAUCCUGUACCACAACAGGAACAGGAGGAGUGUUGAAGAUGAGCAGGGGGUGACUUACUGUGAGAACAUGGACGACCUGCUAAAAGAGUCAGACUUUGUCGUGCUGGCGGUCAAUCUUACCCCUGAAACCACGGGCCUGAUCAGCCACAGGCAGCUGGCCCUCAUGAAACCCACGGCAACGCUGGUCAACAUCAGCAGAGGUCUGGUUGUGGACCAGGACGCUUUAGUCGAAGCUCUGCGGUCUGGAUCGAUUCGUGCGGCAGCGUUAGACGUGACUCACCCCGAACCUUUACCAAGGGAUCAUCCUCUCCUUAGCCUUCCUAAUGUGCUGAUCACCCCCCACACUGGCACCAACACUUACACUACAACGAGACGGAUGGUACAGAGGAUGGUAGAAAACGCUGUGGCUGCAGUGAAAGGCCAGUCUAUUCCCAACGAAGUCAAACCAAAGUGACUCCAGCGAUCAGCGAUCUCAUCAGUCCGUCGUGAGAAGUGUUUUUCUAAUGCAGGAUGAAGUUCUUUUAUCUUUUCAUGAGUUAGUUCUUGUUGUAUGACGUGUUCUGUCUAAUGAUCUGCCUGUAUCACGUGAUCAUUAAUGUUUCAUUAAGGUGCAGUGAUGUAUCAAUUAACAAGUGUUUAGCGUCACUAUGAAAUUACAUGAUGGUUUUUACAUUUCAGUGUAGCCUUUGAUUCAACAGCUGUUACAUUAAUAUAUAAUAAAGCUACCUUCAAUUUGGAAACUUGCACACUUUAAUC